AAAUAAAAUAAAAAAAAUGUUUUUAUUCGUAACGGUACCAUCGGAUGAUGAGGAACGCAUCCGACGUACUGCAUAUCGUGCACGACGACGUCGUCGAGAAUCCGAUACCGGAAUCACUGGUGGCAUUGUCCUAAGGUCAUCACCAGGUACGAAUGGGCGUCGUCUUGUUUCAUUGAAUACGAAUGGAGCUAUGGUUAUUACUGAAGAUUAUCAACCAGUAUCGAUUCCGAAUCAUGUACGUAGUAAUGCAAGAUUAUCAAGAAAUGAAGAACCACAGAUUGGCCGUUAUCGUUUACUUAAAACGAUCGGCAAAGGUAAUUUUGCCAAAGUUAAACUGGCAAAACAUUUACCAACGGGCAAAGAAGUUGCCAUUAAAAUUAUUGAUAAAACACAAUUGAAUCAAUCGAGUCUUCAAAAGCUAUUUCGUGAAGUUCGCAUUAUGAAAAUGCUUGAUCAUCCGAAUAUUGUAAAAUUAUAUCAAGUAAUCGAAACGGAAAAGACGUUAUAUUUGGUCAUGGAAUAUGCAAGCGGAGGCGAAGUAUUCGAUUAUCUUGUAUCACAUGGUCGAAUGAAGGAAAAAGAAGCACGAGCCAAAUUUCGACAGAUUGUCUCUGCCGUACAGUACUGCCACCAAAAACGUAUCAUACAUCGUGAUUUAAAAGCCGAAAAUCUUUUACUGGAUAGUGAAAUGAAUAUCAAGAUUGCUGAUUUUGGUUUUAGCAAUGAAUUUCAACCUGGAGAAAAAUUGGAUACGUUUUGUGGUAGCCCACCUUACGCUGCUCCAGAAUUGUUUCAAGGAAAAAAAUAUGAUGGUCCUGAAGUUGAUGUUUGGAGCUUGGGAGUAAUCUUAUAUACUCUAGUCAGUGGUUCACUUCCUUUUGAUGGCGCCAAUCUAAAAGAAUUGCGUGAUCGUGUACUUAGGGGAAAAUAUCGAAUACCAUUCUAUAUGACCACUGAUUGUGAGAAUUUAUUGAAGAAAUUUUUGGUAUUAAAUCCGGCCAAACGUGCUUCAUUAGAGACCAUUAUGAAAGAUAAAUGGAUGAAUAUGAAUUAUGAAGAUGAUGAAUUAAAGCCUUAUGUGGAGCCGGAAAUUGAUUUAAGUGAUCAAAGACGGAUAGAUAUUUUAUGCCAGAUGGGCUAUUCAUUGGAUGAAAUCGAAGAAUCAUUACGCCUGAGAAAAUAUGAUGAAAUAAUGGCCAACUAUUUAUUACUUGGAAAACGCACAACUGAGAACGAACUUUGCGAUUCACGUUCGAGCUCAAGUCUUUCUUUACGUGGUAUACAUCAGAAAAAUGAAUACAUGAUACCGAAUAGUCAUCAUUCGCAUCAUCAUCAUCAUUCACAUCAUCAUCAAUCACCGUCUCAUGUAAAGGUUCAACGAUCGGUAUCGGCAACGACCAAACCACGUCGCUUCAGUCACAGUAGUGAUAAUCAGCAACAGCAACAAACCAAUAAUCAUCCCAGUACAUCCGGAGCAGGAACCGGACAAUUUACAACUCCCAUAGUGCCUCCCAUUCCGAAUAGUAAUACCAGUGGUAGUAAUACGUAUAGUAGUGGUAGUAAACCACGUCCCAACGUUUUAGAGCAUGCGAUGACAAAUGCUAAAGAUACUGUGAUCCAUCCAUUCAACAAAAAUAAUGGAGCAAAUCCUUCAACAUCUGGAUCGGGAACAGCCAAUACUAAUGGUAGUAUCCAGAAUAAUGCUUCAAAUUCGUCCAACAAUCAAAACCCCAAUUCCACGGCGAUCAUCAAUGGUGAUGAUUCACCAUCGUCAUUGAAAUCACCAACUGGAACACAAGUUAGCACAUCAAAUACAGUCAAUUACAUAAACAGUGGUGGUCCUAGCAGCGGUAGUGGCUCGAAUCGAACUCAAACAGUUAAAUCAUCCGUAAAUAAUUCAUCCAAUUCGGCCAUAGGAAGUUCGUCAUCUUCCACGACAAAUCAAACCGCUCCAGACACGAAUAAUACGACGAUUAGUACCACCAAAAAUAAUACAAUGACAAACAAUUCAUCUCCAUCAAGCUCGGUAAUUAGUCCUUCAAAAUUAAGCCAGUUGGGCACUGGGUCUCUGAGGCAAAAACCAUCCGCAUUGCCAACAUCAUUGCUCAAGAACACAUUGAGUGGUAUUCCAAGACGGAAUACAACGUAUGCCACGACUACUAAUACCACUAAUUCAAAUAAUAGUUCACCAUAUUCAUCAACAAAUAAUUCGGCGCAACCACCACCAGAGAAAAGUGCUUCCAUUGAGAAGACAAUCGUCGAGAAUUCAAAUAUUUUGAACAUCGCAAAUUCAUCUUCAAAUAAUAAUAAUAAUAAUAAAACUUCGAACAACAGUACAAAUAAUUCUAAUGCUUCAACGAAUGCUAAUGCCAAUCAGACAAAUAGUAUCGUAUCGACGACAGUAACAAGUCGUUCAAAUAAUAAUUUGAAUAAUAAUAAUAAUUCAUCAUUAAUUAAUGCAAAUAAUAAUAAUGAUAAUACAAAAAAUGAAUCAAUAACCAAUGGUCAAACAAAAGAAAAACAACAACAAUCAAAAGAUUCUAAUGAUAAAUCUGGUACGGCUUCAGCUUGCAGUGGUGGUGGUGGCGGUGGCGGUGGAUCCUGUUCAUCGACUACCACAUUAACCUCAUCCUCAUCCUCUAAUCAAUUACGCCCGAAAGGUCAUGCUAAAUCGGCAUCAGUUUCGGGAAGGUCUUGUAAUAGUGCUUAUGCUCCAGAAUUAUCACCAAUCGAUAGCAGUUCAGCAUUGUUGACCGAUACGAAUACAACACCUCGUCCAAGUUCAUCAAAAAAUGCAUUAACACCGAUCCAAAAUAUUAAUCGUGCAUUUCCAAGAGGCACUGUCAAUCGUAGUACGUUUCAUAGUGGUCAAACCCGUGAACGAUGGCCACCGUUUGUGCAGCCAUUGAAUGCAACUCAAGACACAUCAAAUAUGAAUCGUCAGUCAUUUUUCAGUAAACUUUCUUCUAAAUUCAGUAAAAGAACGAUGAACGAUGAUCAAACGAAACCUAGAUCAUUAAGGUUUACUUGGAGCAUGAAAACUACUUCUUCUCGUGAUCCGAAUGAAAUCAUGGCUGAAAUUCGUAAAGUUCUCGAUAAAAACAAUUGUGACUAUGAACAGAGAGAAAAAUUUCUAUUGCUCUGUAUACACGGUGAUCCAUAUACUGAUUCAUUAGUACAAUGGGAAAUUGAAGUCUGUAAAUUACCAAGGCUUUCAUUGAAUGGAAUUCGUUUCAAACGCAUUUCGGGAACAUCAAUUGGAUUUAAAAAUAUUGCUUCGAAAAUUACCAGUGAACUUAAGUUAUGACUGGGUGCCGAUGUAGAGUUGGUCGAGGAAGAUAGUCAGCAACAAUGUUCACCCCAAAACACUGCUGUUGUUUUUGUUGGGAAUGAUGAUAAUGAUGA